AUGUUGCGCAUGGAGAGGAUGACUGCCGAUCAGGCCAAUCCGGGCCCGCUCGAGCGCGACAUUCACUUGGCCAUCACUGCUCUAAAAAAGGGGUCACAGUUACUGAAGUAUGGACGCAGAGGAAAGCCCAAAUUUUGUCCUUUCAGACUGUCCAAUGAUGAAUCGGUUCUGAUAUGGUACUCAGGCAAAGAUGAGAAAUAUGUUAAACUAAGCCAUGUUUCUAGAAUUAUACCUGGCCAGCGCACUCCAAUCUUUCAGAGGUAUCCUCGGCCGGAGAAGGAAUAUCAGUCAUUUUCUCUUAUAUACGAUGACAGGUCUUUAGAUUUGAUAUGCAAGGAUAAAGAUGAAGCUGAGGUCUGGUUUACUGGUCUAAAAGCACUAAUAUCACGUGGCCUUCAACAGAAGGGGAGAGCAGAAACAAAAAGUGGAGUUACCUCUGAAGCAAAUAGCCCAAGAUCACAUACGCAAAGAAGUUCUCCUUUGAGCUCUCCAUUUUGUAGUGGUGAUAGUUCACAGAAGGAUGAAGUGGAACCCUUUCAUCCUCAUGCUACAUCUGAAAGCCCUCCUAAAGUCCAUUUGGAGAAGGCUUUAUCAGAUGCCAUGCUAUAUGCCCUCCCUCCGAAAGUUCCCUUUCCUUCAGAUUCUGCUUCUGGCUCAUUUCAGUCUCUGUCAUCAGGAGGCUCAGAUGGAAUGAAUGGUCGAACAAAGGGUGCGGGGACAGACGCUUAUAGAGUUAGUUUAUCAAGUGCAGUUAGCUCAUCAAGUCAAGGCUCUGGUCAUGAUGACGGUGACGCUUUAGGGGAUGUUUUCAUUUGGGGGGAAGGCGUAGGUGAUUGCAUUUUGGGUGGGGGAUUACAUAGAGUUGGUAGUUCUUCUAGUUCUAAGACGGACUCUUCUGUACCUAAAGUCUUGGAAUCUGCUGUUGUACUUGAUGUUCAAAGUAUAGCUUGUGGUGGAAGACAUGCUGCUUUUGUAACCAAGCAAGGAGAGGUAUUUUCUUGGGGUGAAGAAUUAGGAGGCAGACUUGGACAUGGUGUAGAUGCUGAUAUCUCCCAUCCAAAGCUCAUAGAUGGUCUCAAAAAUCUUAACGUAGAAUUUUUAGCAUGUGGGGAGUACCAUUCUUGUGCAGUAACACUCUCUGGUGAUAUAUACACAUGGGGUGGCAGUACUUCUAAUUUUGCACUCCUUGGACACGGGUUUCAAUCCAGUCAGUGGAUCCCAAAAAAGUUAAAUGGACCUUUAGAGGGAAUUCAUGUCUCUUCAGUUUCUUGUGGACCAUGGCACACAGCUGUUGUGACCUCUGCUGGUCAAUUGUUUACUUUUGGUGAUGGAACUUUUGGUGUUCUAGGUCAUGGGGAUCGCAAGUGUAUAUCAGUUCCAAGGGAAGUUGAGUCCCUUAAAGGCCUCCGUACUGUUCGAGUAGCUUGUGGUGUUUGGCACUCUGCUGCAGUAGUUGAAGUCAUGGUGGGAUCAUCAAGUUCCAGCAACUGUUCUUCUGGGAAGCUUUUUACAUGGGGAGAUGGUGAUAAAGGUCGACUUGGGCAUGGUGAUAAGGAUGCAAGACUUGUGCCCACUUGUGUUGCUGCUUUGGUUGAACCCAACUUCUGUCAAGUUGCAUGUGGACAAAGUCUGACUGUUGCCCUUACAAGAACUGGCCAUGUUUACACUGUAGGAAGCCCUGUUUAUGGUCAAUUAGGGAUCCCUCAAGCUGAUGGGAAACUCCCGCGCCGUGUUGAGGGAAAGCUAAUGAAGAAUUUUGUUGAAGAAAUUGCUUGUGGUGCUUAUCAUGUUGCAGUCUUAACGUCGAGAACUGAAGUUUACACUUGGGGAAAGGGUGCAAAUGGUAGGUUAGGUCUUGGGGAUACAGAGGAUAAAUUUUCACCAACAUUAGUUGAAGCACUAAGAGACAAACAAGUCAAAAGUAUUGUUUGCGGCACUAACUUUACAGCAGCCAUCUGUCUUCAUAAAUGGGUCUCUGGUGUUGAUCAAUCAAUGUGUUCUGGCUGUCGCCUUCCAUUUAACUUUAAAAGAAAAAGACACAACUGCUACAAUUGUGGACUUGUAUUAUGCCAUUCGUGCAGUAGCAAAAAGUGCCUCAAGGCUGCGAUGGCACCAAAUCCGAACAAACCAUAUCGAGUUUGUGAUAAUUGUUUUGGGAAACUUAGAAAGGCCUCUGAAACCAACUAUUCAUCUGGUUCUGCUUUGAGAAAAGGAAGUGUAAAUCAGGGAUUCGCUGAAGUGAGUGAAAAUAAUAAAGAUUUGGACAGUGGUUCAACCACAAGAAGCAAGAAACUACAGUUUAGCAGUAAUUGUGUUGCUCCUUUUCCACAUGACAUCUCUGAGCGCCGUGCAUUCAGUGGGACUAAAUCUUUCAACCCAGUAUUUGGAUCUUCCAAAAAGUUUUUCUCAGCUUCUCUUCCUGGAUCAAGAAUUGCUUCUCGAGCAACAUCACCAACAUCCAGGCGAUCUAGUCCGCCUCGUGCGAAAACACCAACCCCUGCUGCUCUCUCAGGGAUCACGUUGCCAAAUGUUGUGGAAUAUGCUAGAGGGACAAAUGAUGGUCUAAGUGAAGAAGUUCUUAAAUUAAGAGCUCAGGUUGAAGAUCUUACUCGUAAAAGUCGAGUUCAAGAUAUUGAGCUGGAAAGAACAACGCACCAAUUAAAGGAGGCUGUCAAAAUAGCAGGGGAAGAAAGUGCAAAAUGUAGAGCAGCAAAGGAAGUAAUUAAAGCGCUCACAGCUCAAUUAAAAGAAAUGGCUGAAAGGUUACCCAUUAGAACAACAAGAAUCAGUGACAUACGUCCAUUAGGCUCUUCUAGUCCUACCCAUGAAGUUUCUACUGCAGCCACUGAGAAAGCAAGCAGUCCGUUGACCUCCCUUGAACCACAUUCUAUUGCAUCAAAUACCCUGGUGGUUUCUAAUGCACCAAGGGUCUUGAGUAAUCAUGCUUCAAAUACCACUGAAGUGGCAAAUUCAGAAGCAACUGCUAGGCAUAAGAACAGGGGAACAAAAGCUGAUACCACACAUGGGGAUGAAUGGGUUGAGCAAGACGAGCCUGGUGUAUAUAUUACCCUUGUUUCCUCACCAACAGGAGUCAAAGAUCUCAAGCGUGUUCGCUUCAGUCGAAAGCGGUUCAGUGAGAAACAAGCAGAACAGUGGUGGGCGGCAAAUAGGGCUAGAGUAUAUCAGCAGUAUAAUGUUCCUGUGGUUGAAAAAUCUAGUAUUUCCGUAGGAAGAGAAGGAUUGGCUCAUUGAGCUGCUAAUCUCAAGAUGUUAUUUGGGGCGAAGAUAAGGGUUAGCUCUUUGAUAGACCCACUAAUCAUUUUACAUUGUAAAGAGGGAUGUGGGAAAUUUCCUCUUCCCUC